CCGUGUAGGUAACUAGCAACUUUUAUUUGUCGGCCGCUCCCCGCGCAGGUAGCAGAGAGCCCUCUCUUUCUGCCUUCUCAUACACAACACGGACAGAAAAACCAACCCCUACAGACACGUACGGUACAUACAUGGCGUGGUCAUCGCCUACAGGCUACAAGAAAAAAUUGCUGCUAGUUGUGGCGGCCAUGCUGACACUGCAGCACCAGCACGGUACUCCAACUGAUGAUGCUGGGGCUGGGAGCAGCAGCCUAGCGAAGCCCGGCUGCCAAGACAAGUGUGGCAACGUCAGCAUCCCCUACCCGUUCGGCAUCGGGAAGGGCUGCUUUCUGAAGGAAGGCUUUGAAGUCAGAUGCGACAAAGACCGAGAUAGUGCAACUUUAUUGAAUAGUACUCACCAGCAGGUAUCACCUCUGUUGAAAAUCAAUCUGCUGCUUGGCGAGGCUCGCAUUCAGAGUCCCAUAGCAUGGCACUGCAACUACACGACGGAGAAAACCAGUAUUAGAUUUGGCCCUUCUUUCACGGUUUCCAAAACCAAGAACAAAUUCACAGUAAUUGGUUGUAAUACCCUUGCAUUCGUCUAUGGUAGCAACAAGGAGCAUAGUUACUACAGCACAUGUGGAUCAUUCUGCUACGACAAGGAUAGCAUCGACAGUACCACACAAUGCACUGGUGGCAUGGGUUGCUGUCAGACUGCCCUCACAGGUAACCUGGAAUUCUUAGGCAUCCAAAUCGAAGCUCUUGCAUCCACCAGCCAAUACCAGAGUUUGAGCCCGUGCAGCUAUGGGUUCGUUGUCGCGGAGGAUUCGUUCAAAUUCGAUCCUUUCUAUAUCAACUCAUCAUAUUUUCAAGAACGUUACGGACUAACCCAACAGACGUUAUGGACACAACCUAUCCCAUUGGUUAUUGACUGGGUGGUUGGUAAUGAAACUUGCAACGGAGCCAAUGCAUGCCGCGGGAUGAAUAGCGUAUGCAUGGACACGCCCAAUGGCCUCGGUUACCUCUGCAACUGCUCUUCAGGCUUCGAGGGCAAUCCCUACCUAGACGGAGGCUGCCAGCAAGACAUCAAUGAGUGUGAUUAUCCAUUCCUGUAUCCUUGCCACGGCAAAUGCCAUAACACCAUCGGAAGCUACACGUGUUCAUGCAAACCAGGAACUUGGAGCAGCGAUCCCAAGAAACUACCCUGCGAAACUGAUUAUGGCCUCAACAAUACGGUCGAAACUAGUCAUGGCCUCAACAAUAUGGUCGAAACUAGUCAUGGCCCCAACAAUAUGGUCAUAGGUAUUUCCAUCAGUUUCGUCUUCCUCAUCAUCUGUAUCUCUGCUCUACUAAUCAAGUGCCAAAAAAGGAAGCUAGCAAAAGAGAAGGAGAGGUUCUUCAAACAGAAUGGUGGUCAGAUAUUAUAUCAACAAAUCCUUUCUAGACAAGUCGAUACAGUGACACUAUUCACCCUAGAAGACCUCAAGAAGGCAACAAACAAUUUUGACAAGAGUAGAGAAGUAGGCAUAGGGGGCCACGGCACUGUCUACAAGGGCAUUUUGAGGGAUAACAAGGUAGUGGCUAUAAAGCGCUCAAAGAUUAUCAAUGUGGUUCAAACCGAAGAAUUCGUUCAAGAGAUUAUUAUACUCUCGCAGAUCAAUCACAAGAAUGUGGUUAGGCUUAUAGGAUGCUGUUUGGAAGUGGAAGUGCCCAUUUUAGUGUAUGAAUUCAUCCCAAAUGGCACUCUCUUUCGGUUGAUCCAUGGUAAUCAUGGUAGACCACCUAUUUCGUUGGAAGUCCGUCUCAGGAUUGCCCAAGAAUCUGCUGAAGCACUAGAGUAUAUGCAUCUCUCCAUCAACCGCCCCAUAGUCCAUGGAGAUGUGAAAUCUCUAAACAUUCUUCUAGAUGAAAACUACAUGGCGAAGGUGACCGACUUCGGGGCGUCAAGGAUUCUUCCUAACGAUGCAGUUCAACUCAUGACAAUAGUGCAGGGAACCCUGGGUUACCUGGACCCUGAGUACUUGCAAGAGCGGAAACUGACAGAGAAGAGCGAUGUUUAUAGCUUUGGAGUUGUGCUUUUAGAGCUAAUCACAAGGAAGACAGCAAUAUACUUUGAGGGCCCUGAGGAAGACAGAAACCUCGCAUCAUCUUUCCUGCAAGCGAUGAAGGAGAACAGAGUUGAAGGUUUGUUAGACACUAGUAUAAUUGGUGUGGGAAUGGAGGAACUGUUCCAAGAAGUUGCUCAGAUAGCCAGCUUGUGCUUGAGAUUCAAAAGGGAGGAGAGGCCUUCCAUGACCCAAGUGACCGACAGGCUGAAAGCUAUACGAAGUGCAUGGAGAGAGAUAUUGUUGCUGAAGCAUGAAGAAACUGAACGUUUAGCUGAGAGAUUAGGCGUGGCUUCGACUUGUGCCCUGCAGCCUAGCAUGUACUGGACAGCGCGAAUGAUGGGGAUGGAUGUCGAAACACCACAUGCAGACUAUGCUGGUACUACCAACAUGGGAUAUGAAUAUUAGAUUAUGUAAAUGUCUCGAGUUUUCAGUAUGGGUGUUACCAUGUACUACUACUACAUAUAGUUGCCGUACUCGUGUAAUCGAGCUGCCAAACAAUCUCACUUGAUCACACCUAGUCUUGGCAUGUAGGUGUUAUGCAAUCACGUUAUUGUAGCUCAUCAGUGGUAUGGUGUAAAUAAGCUUACGCGAAUAGUUUUCUCUGUACGUUGCUGAGACAUUUAUGUGUUUUUCCUUAUUAAAUUGAGAGU